AUGCCGGAUUCGAAAUGGGGAUUCCUUGGAACUGAACCUGGUAUUCCUGCUUGGCUACUCUAUCUUCAACUACAAUUCAGCCAGCCAAGCGAUUGCAAACUCGCAAGCGCAAAUAUCGAGCUUACAUUUGAGAAGAUAGGGCCCAUAUACGGGUCCAACCUAGGGCCGAUACUUACAGAAUACUUCGGUCCCAGAGGAGUCAUUGGGGGCCUUACGGAGCAAAAUGGUGUUGAAUCCAUCGAACAGAAGCCGUCCAUCGUCUUCGAGACCACUGGCGUCAAUCUCAAUACUAUCGGAGAGGGGAGCUCAAAGAACCACCCGGAAAUAGGUAAAAACUGGUCUUUGCACGGUUAUACCUGGCCGGUAGACGGAGAUGAAAGUGGGCUUCAUCGGCGCGUGGAAUGGAUUGUGAAAGAGGCAAUUCCACCGCACCAGAUAAUUCUUCAUCGUGACAGAAUUCGAGUGGGUCUUAUUCUACAACAUGACUCAGAGCCCUUUGCCAUCACAGUACGCAUUGAAGGACGGCUACAAGGGAGCCAAGGUUGGUUUAAGUUUCCUCCGACAGAGUCCUCUCCAAGAAGCCUUCGGGUUCGAGUGUCGCCAACUCCGAAUGAGCAAACCCCACUGGAUGAGAUUGCCAGACGAUUAGAUGAGGACUUGACAGCCCUUAUUGUUCGGAAUUACCAAAAGGCGUCCAAAAUGCUCAAGAGAUCAAGGUCAGACGACCAUCAAAGCCUUGGCACUCAGUCCUCAAAAGAAGCGCGACUCUUAGUUGAAAAAUCGGUCUCUGAUUUAUCUGUCGAGAUGCAAAAGGCGCCCGAAGAAUAUACUAUCGGCUGGAUCUGUGCUCUACCACUCGAAAUGGCAGCCGCAAGAGCGAUGCUGGACGAAAUUCACCCUAGUAUGCCAACUCCACCGAAUGACCACAAUAGUUAUAUCUUAGGAAGCGUCGGGCCCCACAACAUAGUGGUCGCAUGUCUCCCCGCUGGAGUAUAUGGCAUAGCCCGUGCAGCAAUUGUGGCCUCUCAAAUGGUAGCUACUUUCCCUUCCAUACGGUUUAGCCUGAUGGUCGGAAUCGGCGGCGGCGUUCCUAAUCGCGACCCUGAUAUUCGACUGGGCGAUGUCGUUGUCAGCAAACCAACCGGGAGACUUGGCGGAGUGGUGCAAUAUGAUUAUGGAAAGACCGUUGCAAGUGGCAGGUUUGAGCCAACUGGUUCUCUAAAUAAGCCACCACAGACACUCUUAACUACUAUUGCGAAGAUGCAAGCCGAAAGCAUGGUAUGUGGCAGCAGAAUAGCUAGCCACCUCACUGAGAUGGUGCUCAAACACCCGCAAAUGCAGAAGUUUACCUAUCCUGGCCAGGACCGGGAUUGCCUUUUCAGAGCUGAAUACGAUCACACGGAGCCGAACCCUACUUGUGUGUCCUGUGAUUCAAUGCAGCGCCUGAUUCAUCCGCCUCGAGCUAAGAACACUCCAAUCGUUCAUUAUGGCAUCGUUGCAUCAGGAAACCAAGUUAUGAAGCAUGGAAGGACUCGCGAUCGGCUUGCGGAGGAGCAUGGGAUCAUGUGCUUCGAGAUGGAAGCUGCCGGUCUAAUGGAUACUUUUCCCUGCCUGGUCAUCCGGGGAAUUUCCGACUACGCGGAUUCACACAAGAACAAAGAAUGGCAAGAGUAUGCUGCUGCCGCCGCUGCGGCAUACGCGAAAGAAUUAUUGUGCAUGACUCCGGCUAGGCAGGUUGAAAUUACGCCAAAAACAGCGGGAGAUAAACCCAGGCAGGUAGCGUCAUGUGGAAGUGAGAAAUCCUUUGGAAAGAGAAGGAGGGAGGAGAUUGAUCUCUGGGAAGAAAAUCAAAGGAAGGGGGUUUAA